AUGGUCCCGCGCGUCGGCGCCGGCGCGGCCUGGGCGGUGCUGGUGCUGGAGCUGGCGCAGGGGUCGCCAGCGUGGGCGCUUGCCCGCUGCGAGGCGGCGCUCGCGGCCUGCGAGAGCUGCCCCGCCACAGGCGGGCCCGAGCCCGUGGAGGGACUGGGGCCCUGGCGGCCAGUGAUCGCGCUGCUGGCGACGCAGCUGGCACAGGCGGUCGCGGCCGGGUGCGCGGUGGCGGGGUGUUUGCGUGAGGCUCGACUGGGCGAGAGGGUCCGCGUCGCCUAUGUGGAUGACGACGUGGACCACGAGCGCAUGCUCGUCUGGCCGGUGUCGGAGGCGCUGUGGUACGUAAUGUCGCCAGAUCGGGAUGUUUGGGUUGAGGACCUGACAGCGGCGGAUCACGCCACGGGACCCUGCCGCUGCUGGCCGCUCGCGGGUGGUGUUCAGCGCACGGCGCCGCAGCGAUUGCACGGCUUUAAGGAGCUGCCCGACGCCGAUGGGCUGGGCGCGCAGAUGACCGAGUGCCGUCGCACCGCGUCGCUGGAGCUGGGCUUCGUGGAGAGGCCGCUUCCGACCGAGGCCGAGGUCGGCGGGGCCUUCCACGUGCUGGACUGCAGGGCCGGUGGGGUUAGCGGGACGCUCGCGCCUCGGGUUCGCGGGGUCUGGAUGCUGUGCGAACCGCUGGGCCGGGCGAAGAUCGGCCAGGUGAUCGAGCUGACAGAGCUGGAUCACGCCUGGGGCGAUCAGGCGCUGAUUAAGGGCUCGGAUGGGCACGGCCGCGCGAGGCUUGUGGACCCGAGCGACGUGGGGGCGCUUGCAGAGGGGCGGCGCCAGCUGCUGCGAGACGCGCUGGAGCUACAAGCGAUCGCGGCCGCCGGGGCCGGCGAGGCCGCGUCCUGGCGUAGCGAUCGGGCGCCGGCGCUGCUGGCUUCGUCGCGCGCGGCGCCCUCCAAGGCGAUUGCGGCGAUUGAGGACGCGCGGACUCAGUGGAUCGACGUGGGCGCGCACGGGGGGCGCGUCCAGACGCGGAGGGAUGUCGCCCGCGAGUCGUCGACCGAGGAGUGCGACGACACGCCGCUCGAGGGCCCGCGCGCGGCGUUGCACUUGCUUAAGCGCAUGGGGCAGUUCGGGGUUAACCCGAAGAGCUGGCUUGAGAAGUGGUGCUUGGAGCGCCGCGUCGGGAAGUCGGACCGCCCCUUACAUGGGCUGGAGACGCUCGGGGAGGCGCUGAUGAUCGGCGGAAGUUUUGAGCAGCUCAACAUGCCUUCGCUGGUCAGCUUCGAGAAGAUCUGUCGGCGGGCGCAGCUCAUCAUCGACGCGCGCGCCGAGCCCGGCACGGCCCCCUUGUGGCGGAUGGCCCGCUACUUCAACGGGGUGGCCACGCUGGCCGACGCG